GGGGCGGGGCCAGCGACAGCGGCGGCGCGCGGCGGGAGAGCGAGUGCGGCCGAGUCGGCGCCACCAUGGCCACCGUGGAUCUGGAGAAGCUGCGGAUGUCCGGGGCCGGCAAGGCCAUCGGCGUGCUGACCAGCGGCGGCGAUGCGCAAGGCAUGAAUGCUGCCGUCCGAGCCGUGACGCGCAUGGGCAUUUACGUGGGAGCCAAAGUCUUCCUCAUCUACGAGGGCUACGAGGGCCUCGUGGAAGGGGGCGAGAACAUCAGGCCAGCCAACUGGCUCAGCGUCUCCAACAUCAUCCAGCUGGGCGGCACCGUCAUCGGCAGCGCCCGCUGCAAGGCCUUCACCACGCGGGAGGGGCGCCGGGCGGCCGCCUACAACCUGGUCCAGCGUGGCAUCACCAACCUGUGCGUCAUCGGUGGGGACGGCAGCCUCACGGGCGCCAACAUCUUCCGCAGCGAGUGGGGCAGCCUGCUGGAGGAGCUGGUGAGCGAAGGCAAGAUCUCACAGAGCACGGCUCAGACCUACUCGCACCUGAGCAUCGCCGGGCUGGUGGGUUCCAUUGACAACGACUUCUGCGGCACCGACAUGACCAUCGGCACAGACUCGGCCCUGCACCGCAUCAUGGAGGUCAUCGACGCCAUCACCACCACCGCCCAGAGCCACCAGAGGACCUUCGUGCUGGAGGUGAUGGGGCGGCACUGCGGAUACCUGGCCCUGGUGUCCGCCCUGGCCUCGGGGGCCGACUGGCUGUUCAUCCCUGAGGCGCCACCCGAGGACGGCUGGGAGAACUUCAUGUGUGAGCGGCUGGGUGAGACUCGGAGCCGGGGGUCCCGACUGAACAUAAUCAUCAUCGCCGAGGGCGCCAUCGACCGCAACGGGAAGCCCAUCUCGUCCCGCUACGUGAAGGACCUAGUGGUCCAGAGGCUGGGCUUUGACACACGUGUGACCGUGCUGGGCCACGUGCAGAGGGGAGGGACCCCCUCGGCGUUCGACCGCAUCCUGAGCAGCAAGAUGGGCAUGGAGGCGGUGAUGGCCCUGCUGGAGGCCACGCCCGACACGCCGGCCUGCGUGGUCAGUCUCUCUGGGAACCAGUCCGUGCGGCUGCCCCUCAUGGAGUGCGUGCAGAUGACCAAGGAGGUGCAGAAGGCCAUGGAUGAGAAGAGGUUUGAAGAGGCCAUCCAGCUCCGAGGCAGGAGCUUUGAGAACAACUGGAACAUUUACAAGCUGCUUGCGCACCAGAAGAUCUCCAAGGAGAAGACCAGCUUCUCCCUGGCCGUCCUGAACGUGGGGGCCCCAGCGGCUGGCAUGAACGCGGCCGUGCGCUCGGCGGUGCGUACCGGCAUCUCCCAGGGCCACACGGUGUACGUCGUGCACGACGGCUUUGAAGGCCUGGCCAAGGGGCAGGUGCAAGAAGUGGGCUGGCAUGACGUGGCUGGCUGGCUGGGGCGCGGUGGCUCCAUGCUGGGGACCAAGAGGACACUGCCCAAGGGCUACAUGGAGAAAAUUGUGGAAAACGUCCGCAUUCACAACAUCCACGCCCUGCUGGUCAUCGGGGGCUUCGAGGCCUACGAGGGGGUGCUGCAGCUGGUGGAGGCCCGUGAGCGCUACGAGGAGCUGUGCAUCGUCAUGUGUGUCAUCCCCGCCACCAUCAGCAACAACGUGCCGGGCACCGACUUCAGCCUGGGCUCGGACACCGCCGUCAACGCCGCCAUGGAGAGCUGCGACCGCAUCAAGCAGUCGGCCUCGGGGACCAAGCGCCGUGUGUUCAUCGUGGAGACCAUGGGGGGCUACUGUGGCUACCUGGCCACCGUGACCGGCAUCGCUGUGGGGGCCGACGCUGCCUACGUCUUCGAGGACCCCUUCAACAUCCAGGACUUAAAGGCCAACGUGGAGCACAUGACCGAGAAGAUGAAGACGGACAUCCAGAGGGGCCUGGUGCUCCGAAACGAGAAGUGCCACGAACACUACACCACGGAGUUUCUGUACAACCUGUACUCCUCCGAGGGGAAGGGCAUUUUCGACUGCAGGACGAACGUCCUGGGCCACCUGCAGCAGGGCGGGGCUCCCACCCCCUUCGACCGGAACUACGGCACCAAGCUGGGGGUGAAGGCUAUACUCUGGAUGUCGGAGAAGCUGCGGGCAGUCUACCGCAAGGGGCGGGUCUUCGCCAACGCCCCCGACUCAGCUUGCGUGAUCGGCCUGCAGAAGAAGGCGGUGGCCUUCAGCCCCGUCACCGAGCUCAAGAAGGACACCGACUUUGAGCACCGCAUGCCCCUGGAGCAGUGGUGGCUGAACCUGCGACUCAUGCUGAAGAUGCUGGCGCACUACCGCAUCAGCAUGGCCGACUACGUGUCCGGGGAGCUGGAGCACGUCACCCGCCGCACCCUCAGCAUCGAAACAGGCUUCUGAAGCCGCGUCCCUGCCCCGCCCCCGCCUGCGCCCGCCUCCCGCCGCCCCCCCCCGCCCCCACUUUGGAGCCUGGGCUGCUGCCGCCUGGAGCCUGCGGGCAGGCGGGCGGGGGGUGCACCCUGGCUCCGGGACUCUCACGGCCCCAGUUCCAGCCUGCUGUCCGCUCGGCUCUUCCCCAGGACGCAGCACCCUGGGCACCCACUUUCCAUCCUAGGGGUAUGUGGGGGCGUCCGCGCUUGGACACCGCCGCCCCUCUGCCUCGGUACCCAUGUGGCCCGGAGCCUCUGCCCGAGCCGGCCCUGCACCCUCACCAGCCCUGGGGGCGCAGCAGCCUGGGUCUCCGUGCCGGAGGGUGGGCAAGUGCCCCGGCGCGCCUCACUGUGCCCCUCUCCCUGUGUGCACUGGCCGCCGGGGCUGAGUAGCGCUUGUCACCUUUUUUAGAAAUAAAAUCACCCCGACUGUGGGGUGCUGUCAGUCUCUGGAAA